CCCUCAUCCGAAACGCAACAAUGAAGGCAGUGGCUUUGGUGAUCUUGGCGGCGUCGGCGGCGGCGGUGGCGGCAUGGGCGGCUCCCCAGGGCGGCUACAACUACCAGCAACCGGCUGUACAGGGAGGCGGCCAGUACCCAGAUGCCCCCGCCCAGUACAACUUCCAGUGGGACGUCAACGACGAAUAUUCAGGCAAUUUUUACGGUCACCGAGAACAGAGAGACGGAGACAACACCCAGGGAACUUACUUCGUCCGGCUGCCGGACACCCGGCUCAUGAGGGUGGACUACUACGCCGACGAGUCCGGCUACCACCCUACUAUCACCUAUGAGGGCAAGGCCCAGUAUCCCAGCGCCCCGGCCAGGGGCUACGCUCAGCCUGCUUCAACACCUAGCCAGGGAUACUCUCUGCCUGCUCUAGCGCAUGGGCAGCCUGCCUCAGCUCCUAGGCAGGUGUACUCUCAGCCUGCCUCCCCUCCUAGCCAGGUGUAUUCCCAGCCUGCCUCACCUCCUAGGCAGGUAUACUCUCAGCCUGCUCAGCAGCCCUCACAGUUCUACACUCAACCAGGAAAAUAGGAAAUAUGAAGAUGAGUUCACAUCUCUAUUCGUAUAUUACCACCGACUUUGUUUCCUUCACCGUGCCACGCAGAGAGCAACUUGAAGCGUCUCGGUCUGCCAUAUUAUUUAUUGGUUGC